UUCUGUCUAUGGGCUGAUGCUUCCUCCGUGGGAUGUCGUGUUGCGGACAGUGUCUGCGGUGGAUUGUGGUUGUACUACUUUGUGAGUUUGAGGCAGUCUGUGGAGAACGUGAGCCUGUCACACGCGUGUGCACGGAGCGGCACGGCACGGCACGGCGGGCGCGUUUCGCUCUAGAGGCUGAGACGAGCCGGCCGGGAUCCCAGUCCCAGCUUGAGGACGGGAGCGGUGCGCAGAUCGCGGUGUGCUGGGCUGAAGCUCUUGAUCCUGACGGGCAGAAUGGAGUCAUCUCUGGAGUUCUCCAACUCGCUGGGCAGCGUCUCCUCGCUGCCCGCCCGCUGCCGGACCUUUAAAAUCAUUGUGAUCGGAGACUCCGCGGUGGGGAAGACCUGCCUCACACACCGACUCUGCGCCGGAGAGUUCCCCCGGAGAGUCGAGGCCACCAUCGGGGUGGAUUUCCGCGAGAGGCUGCUUGACGUCGAGGGGGAGAGAAUUAAGCUCCAGAUGUGGGACACGGCGGGACAGGAGCGCUUCCGAAAGUCCAUGGUGCAGCACUACUACCGCAACGUGCACGCCGUGCUCUUCGUGUACGAUGUCACCUGCCCUGCCAGCUUCAGGAGCCUGCCCGCCUGGGUGGAGGAGUGCAGGCAGAACUCCCUGGGCCUGGACAUCCCCAGGUUCCUGGUGGGAAAUAAGAGCGACCUCCGCGGCCCCGUCAGGGCUGAGGGCCAGGUGAGCCGGGAGCAGGCGCUGAAGUUCGCUGAGGCCCACGGGAUGACGCUGUUUGAGACGUCGGCCAAGAGCCCCGCAAACUCUGGCCCGAAGAGGCGAGGGGCAGGCGAGCGCGAAGCGGCGUUUCAACAGGAUAAGGUGGAUGACAUCAUCACGGCCGUGGCGGCCAGGCUGAAGAGGCUGAGGAGGCCCACAGCAGUGAGCGCCAGGGCGUACUGCGACUCUUUCAAAGUGCCCACCAAAAAAAUGCCAGAGAAAGACCUGUGGAGCUGCACCUGCUGAGACAGAGACCUGAGCACCUGCCUUGUCUGACCUGAUUAGACUUUUUAGCGCUUUGUAUGUGUGUGUGUGUGUGUAUGCUUCAUGUGUGAAUGAUCCAACGUGUUUGUGUCAUAUUUCUAACCAAAGACAAGCAUGAGGAGCGUACGUUUUUUUUUUUACAUUUGAACUGAAGUGCCGUCAUUUGUCAUUUUGUGACUGAAGACCCAGAUAGAUGGUGUUACCCUUCAUGAAGGAACCUCAACCUAAACGUGCCUUUCCUCUGGUUCCUCUUAAAUAUUUGUGACGUUCUGUUCAGAAAUCCUGUGUAACACUGUGAUUUUUAUUGUCAACAAUUAGUGUGAAAUAAAAGACUGUGAAUGUAACA